AAUGAAUAUAAGAUUAUGGCCGAGUUCCCUGAGACUGAAAUUGACAGUGAGAACAACUCAAAAAGUAACAGUAGUUCAACAGCAGUUGACGCAAAAGAAGCGAGGUCAAGAGUAAUUGAGAACAACAACUUCAAUGAUGACUCCAACUCCAGUGACUUCGAGUCCCCAAACCAGUACGCUUCGGACGACGAAACGACCCUGCGAGAAGAGGAAAUGCUGACUAGUGAGGCCGACAUUCAUAAUGAGUUGGAUGACCUCCAAGCUGAAAGUGAACUUCCGAUCGAGCUACUCCUCAAGAAAUACGGACUGCAAAACCAAACUGCUCAUUUAGAAUCACGUGAUGCUUCGGGUUUGGGUUCCAAUGAGAGCUCCUCGCCUGGAAUCGAAGAGAGCUCGAGUAGCAUAGAAAAUGGAGACGUAGUUGGACCUUCAAGUAGCAAAAAGCGCCGAGUUGAGACGUCACACGAGGAAGGAGGAAGUUCGGAGGUUUCGGAGACAGCUAUAAGAUCGCGAGGUGAAGUUGAAGGGGCAAGAGUUGCGAAUGAUGUCGAGAACUCGGCAACUGAGAGUGACAGUGGAUCAUCUGAUGACAGUGAUUUCGUUCCCUUCAUACCUUUUAUGCCCGCCAAAGAGCCCAGAGUUGGCGAAGAGUUUCAAAUUGACGUCGGCAUGGCGGCCGAAAUGCCGGCCGCUACCAAGCAAUCAGAAAAGAGUUCAAGCCACUAUCGCGAUGAUUUAGCCGAGUGUCUCUGGUCGCCUUCGGUUCUAAGCAAUGUAGAUGAAGUAGAAGCGCAUCUUCGUACGCUUCUCAGAAUACCAAAAAGCGUUUCGUCAGUUCCUGAUAAUUGUCAUUGGCUGAACGACGUUUAUAAGGCCUCCGGUGACUUAAAGAUCCCGCUUCCAAAGCAAGCCGAACCCUCUUCAAUAAAUCCAGAGUUCACUGAACAAGAUAUUACAGCGUUUGAAACGGGGUUAUCGGAGUAUGGGAAGAACUUCAAUAAUAUCCAGAAGUAUUUUCUUCCGCACAAAAAAGUGGGAGAUGUUGUUUAUUUUUACUAUUUUUGGAAGAAAUCUGAAAGGUACGAUCAUUUUUGCUCCAUGUAUAAAUUAGGUCGAGGGCGGCACUUGCUGGAUGAAAACAUCACCGACUUCAUGUUCAGAUUAACUAAUGAUAUUCAGUCUAUUCCGCAGCACCCGACAAACACUAAAGAGAGUCCCUUUACUCGCUCGCAAACUGCCGCGUCAGGAGGAACUCAAAAUCAAAAUGCACUUUCAGAACCAACAAAUAUUCAAAGUAGAGAUACUAGUACUCUAAACGAUGUCCGAGAUGAAUACUUUCAAAGUAGUUCGACUGGUCUUGGCAUCAAAAGCGACAAUGAAGCGACGAACACUUCAACAAAUGCAGAGAAUAGUAGUUCCCUUUCGCCGGGCUCCAAAUCUCCCUCGCCGCUCGGGCCUAGUCGUGAAAAUUUUUUGUUUUCUGACAAUGCCAAUACUACUAAUAAUAUAUUGGUUUCGAAUACCAAAUCCUCUGUUGUUUUAAACGAUGUGUCAAAUUAACCACAAUUUUUGAGCAAUUUGAAGAACUAAGAGUCUAAUUUUGCAAAACUUUUAUUUAAAAAGUUAAAAACACUCCUUUUGAUCAAUAUUUAGCUGCUUUAGAUUUUUUUGAGUACUUGGUGAUUUCGAUAUUUACGCCAUAAUAUUGAAAGUAUUUGUAAUGAAAAAAUUGACCUGUACUUAAUUAUAAUAUUUUGCUGUUAAUGAAUUUUAACUAACUCUCUUGCGAAUAUAAUUUUGCACCUUGUGAUAAUAUCUGCAAGAACAUAAAUUUACGUUCAAUGAGACCAUUUGCAGCUAUUUUUGUGAUGAGAUUUUCCGUCUGUCGAAAAAAAGUUUUGUUCAUGUUCAUUCUGUUCUGUAUGCUGAUAAAUUACAGAUUAUCAUUUUAUAUCUCUGUGAUGUUUUGUUUAAUUUAAACUCUUAACGAGGUCAGCCAUCUAAAUUCUAAUUUGUCUACAUUUG